AUGAGGAAUAGAUUAUCUGAGAGCCCUAUAAGAUUAGCAGCCCUGAGCCUCAGCUCAGACUCUCAUUCCCCUGAAGAGUCUGCUGGGAUACCAACCAUGUUUGCAGCCAUGGGCUCCCUUGUGGCCAGCCUCUGGGCAGGGCUCCAUCUCUGGACUCUGCUGCUGGCUGCUGUCACCUUCUUGUUCCUGGCUGACUACCUCAAAAACCGACGCCCCAAGAACUUUCCACCAGGGCCACGAUGUCUGCCCUUUGUGGGCAACAUAUUCCAGUUGGACAUGGGGCAACCACACAUAGCAAUCCAGCAGUUUGUGAAGAAAUAUGGGAACAUCCUUAGCAUGGAUUUUGGUGACAUAAAUUCAGUGGUCAUAACUGGACUCCCCUUAAUCAAAAAAGUUUUUACUCACAUGGAACAAGACAUUUUGAACCGCCCUGUCACUCUUAUCCGAGAACGUAUCUCUAAGAACAAUGGAGUGCUCUUCUCCAGUGGCCAGACAUGGAAGGAACAAAGAAGGUUCACUCUGAUGACCCUGAGGAAUUUUGGGUUGGGAAAGAAGAGCUUAGAGCAGCGCAUACAGGAGGAGGCCAGCUACCUUGUGGAGGUCAUAAAAGAGGAGGAAGGACAGCCUUUCAACCCUCACUUCAGUAUCAACAAUGCAGUUUCCAAUAUCAUUUGCUCCAUCACCUUCGGGGAGCGCUUUGAGUACCAUGACAAUCAGUUUCAGGAGAUGCUGAGGCUACUGGAUGAGGCCACGUGUUUGGAGGCAUCAAUGAUGUGCCAGUUCUACAAUAUUUUUCCAUGGGUAAUGAAAUAUCUUCCUGGAUCACACCAAACAGUUUUCAGAAACUGGGGAAAACUGAAAUCGUUUGUUUCUUCAAUGAUUGACAAUCACCGGAGAGAUUGGGAUCCUAACGAGCCAAGAGACUUCAUUGAUGCUUUCCUCACGGAAAUGACAAAGUUCCAGCACCCAGAGAAGACUACAAGUUUCAAUGAAGAAAAUCUCAUCUGCACCACUCUGGACCUCUUCCUUGCUGGAACAGAGACAACAUCCACGACUCUGCGCUGGGCUCUGCUCUACAUGGCGGUCUACCCAGAAAUCCAAGAAAAAGUACAGGCUGAGAUUGACAGAGUGAUUGGCCAGAUGAGACAAGUAAGCCUGGCCAACCGAGAGUCCAUGCCCUACACCAAUGCUGUCGUCCAUGAGGUGCAGAGAAUGGGAAACAUCAUCCCCUUUAAUGUUCCCAGGGAAGUGUCAAAGGACACAAAUUUGGAUGGAUUCCACUUGCCGAAGGAAAGAGAGUUUGCCUGGGAGAACAAUUGGCCAGGUCUGAGCUAUUCAUUUUCUUCACUGCUCUUAUGCAAAACUUCACCUUCAAGCCCCCAGUCAAUGAGAAGCUGAGCCUAAAGUUCAGAAAUGGCCUCACACUCACUCCAGUCAGUCACCGCCUCUGUGCUGUCCCCAGACUGUGAUGCUGGAGAAGGAAGGAAAAUAAGAGUACAGGAAGAAAUGGUGGAUGUCCUGAAGCUUGCCAGCCUUGCUCAUAUGAGAGGAGAGUAAUGUCAGAGAAUGAAAGCGACUCAAGAAAUGGUGAAGGAAUUGAGCUAAAAGCAUUGAAUCAAAUUUCUGGACGUUGAACCCUAAUUUUGUGGUGGGAAAAUCAUUUAUGAUCUCAAUGGCUUAUCUUUUUAUCUAAUAGUUGCUAUGGGAUUGAUGAUUCCUCCUAUAAUGAAAAUGC